GAGCUUGGCCUCGAGUUGUCAUUUUCCGUCGGCGGGCACAAAGCCGAGUUUGUUCCUUUAAUCCCGGCGCGUCCUUGAUCAAGGGUCGAUAAUGCGGGAGACCAUUGAGACGGACUGAGUUUUCCUGCUAGGAUCAUGGCGGCGGAAUUGAGGCGGGAGACGCUACCUGUUCACUGGUCUUACGGGGUUUGUGAGGAUGGGCGGAUAUUUUUCAUUGACGAUCAAACACGAACCACCACUUGGUUACAUCCACGAACUGGUGAACCUGUCAACUCCGGCCAUAUGAUCCGAUCAGAUCUACCUCGGGGUUGGGAGGAAGGCUUCACUGAGGAAGGAGCCAGCUAUUUCAUUAAUCAUAAUCAACGGACUUCAUCAUUCAGGCACCCAGUGACUGGGCAAAUUUCACCAGAAAACGCUGAGUACAUCCUGAAAGAACAACCAAAUACUCAAAUGUCCAGGCAACAGACAGACCAAAGGCCGCAAAGUAUGAUCAGCGAGACCUCAACAGCAGUAACUGUAUCCACGGUGGAUGCUGCUCCAGGCUCAAGGAUUUCAAAACCAAGUGGCAAAAUCCAUAGCUUUGGGAAGAGGGAGCAGUCAAGCAAGAGGAAUCCAAACGCUCCAGUUGUGGUGAGAGGAUGGCUUUACAAGCAGGACAGUUCUGGAAUGAGACUGUGGAAACGCCGAUGGUUUGCACUUUCAGAAUAUUGUCUGUUCUAUUACAAAGACAGCAGAGAGGAGACUGUAUUGGGCAGCAUUCCUUUGCCUAGUUAUGUAAUCUCACUGGUUGACCCCGAAGAUCACAUAAGUCGGAAAUAUGCUUUUAAGGCUACCCAUACAGGCAUGCGGGCAUACAUGUACAAUAAGAAUUCUGUUCUUGGCUCGCAGGCAGACCAGAGUGGUAUGAGAACGUACUAUUUCAGUGCCGAUACACAAGAGGACAUGAAUGGCUGGAUCAGGGCUAUGAACCAAGCUGCACUUAUGCAAGCAUACACUUUAAAGAGAGAACCAGAAAAAGCUGAAAGACCUCACCUUACUCAGAACAACUACAUCAACUCAUACAAGGGCUUAACUAAGGCAGACGUGCUUCAGAGCAGAGACAGUGCUGGAAAACCCCUAGAUGAAAAGUUUGGGUUUGAAAAAUAUGAUGAAAUGAAGAAAGAUUGGGGUGAUGAAGAGAGAUAUGGUUUUCAAAAAGAGCCGAUAGAGAUACUGCCCAGAAAAGUGAACAAGAGCAAGAUGCCAGCAAGUUCCGUGGAACGUGACAUGUUUACACAUCGUCGUCCUUUGUCUCAUCCACAAUCCACACAACGCAAUGGCACAAUUCAGCCUCCCACGAGUGCUGCUCUGAUAGACCAGAAUGGUGCCGAUGUUUACCGGAGGGGGUUUGAGCCCAGAACUGGAACAGCAAAAAACAACCAGCGGAAAAGUUCCAUGGUACACGUAGAGCACUGGGUGAAAUCUCACAAAGGAGACAGCAAAAGCCUUGCAGUUGCUCAGACCCUUCCACACCGUACACUAAAUCAACCUCAGCCUUACCCAGAGAAUUACCAAACUCUGCCAAAGAAUAUCGGGCAACCUUCAGAAAGUUACCCUAGUACAAAUCAUAACCUACCAAGUGAUUACAAGUAUGCCCAGGACCGCGUAAGUCACUUAAAAAUGUCGAAUGAAGACCGAAAGGCCACGAAAGAGGGCACUGUAUGGCAGCUGUAUGAGUGGCAGCAGAGGCAGCAAUUUAAACAUGGCAGCCCAACUGCUCCGCUCUAUCCCUCACAUGCCACAGACUUUGACUCUGGCCUACCAAAAUCUGCCUUUGAUGUUCCUCGUUCGAUCUCUGUCCCUCCGUCUCCCUCCGACAUCCCGCCACCGGGUCCUCCAAAAGCCCUCUCACCCAGAAGACCCCACACUCCAGCAGAAAGAGUCACCGUCAAACCCUUGGAAACAAGGCCAGCUGAGAUUAUCUUAUCAGGAUCUCCGGGAAGAGCCCGUGGCACUUUGACAAAGAGUUCGGCACACGUUGACAGACGCUCUAUGCCUCCCAUGGGUUACAUGACACACACUGUCAGUGCCCCCAGCUUACAUGGAAAGACCCCAGAAGAACUAACUUUACUGCUCAUCCGAUUACGGAGACAUCAAUCCAAGCUGGCUAAUGUUCGAAAUCAUACUUUUACCCAGUUACAACUAAACAGGCUGAGCCAAUCCAACCAUCAGGCUGAUGACACAUAUAUGCAACUAAAGAAGAACCUGGAGUACCUCGAUCUAAAGAUGAAAUCUAAUAUACCUUUGAUCAACAUGGUACACAGAAUGGUAACGAAAGUCACACCAAGGUUUCGACCCAAUUUUCAAGUGACGGGACAAGAGCCAGUCAGACGUGUUCUGCAACCAGUUAAAAUUGCUGAAAGCAAUGCUGAUGCUAAACUGAGCAGACUUUGUGAACGCGACAAAUGUCUCCAAGAUCUGGAAGCCAAAGUUCGGCAACUGAAAGCCGAUAAGGACCAGCUUGAAUCUGUACUGGAGGUAACCCACAGGCAACUGGAUCAAUAUAAAGGACAGCCAACUCAUACUGAGAAGAUUGCCUAUCAACAGCGGCUGCUGCAAGAGGAUCUGGUUCAAAUCCGAGCUGAGAUUUCCAAAGUCUGUACAGAACUGGAAAAAGCAUGGAAAGAAUAUGAGCAGACCGAAAACGAUGUGAACCAGCUCAAGGAAGCAAUCCUUGGAUACAUGAAAACUGCACCAAGCUCCCAGGAUCAAGAACAGAUAAGAAAGGAUCUGUGGAGGAUUGAGGAUGUCAUGGCAGGCCUCAGUGUGAACAAGAACAACUAUAAAAUGAUCAUUGAAUCUAUUCAGAAUCCUGAAAGAGAAACCAUGCCUUCAGUGCCUUCCUCAAUUGUGCCUUCAGUAAUGAAUACAAUCUCACUGAAAGAGGGGAGAAGUAGCCUGCAGCUGAGUCCCUCAGUGAGUCCAGUGCUGGAACCUCCAGAGCCUGUGGAAACACAAUUUCAAACUCUACAACAGCCUGUUAGUUUGCCACCUUUCAAACCUCAAUCUCUGCCUCAAUUCCGACAACAUCCGAUGGUGCUGGAGGAUCAAGCUCCACCUCGGCCACCUCUUCCUCACAUGUAUAGCCCUGAUGAUGAGCCACCAGCUGUACCACCUCUUCCAAAAGAUGCCACAGUCAUCAGGCAUACGUCGGUCAGGGGACUGAAACGCCAGUCUGAUGAAAGGAAGAGAGACCGGGAGUUUGGCCUGUACUUGAAUGGAGAUUACAAAGCUGAACUGCGUACUUACAUGAGUGAACCUGAACUCCUAUCAGUUGGGAAUGGGCUUAACAGGUCCACGACUGGAGCCUUUGGCCUAGACAAUGGCUUGCAGACACUGACUGGUAAAGGAUUGUCAUCGUCUAACUCAGGGCUACAGCAGUCAUCAACCAUUGCAUCUUUUGUCACACUUAGGCGCAAAAAUGAUGAAACAAGCUCUAAGGAAAGGCCAAAGAGUGCCUUGGAGCGUCUCUACGGAGAACACCAAAGAGGCAGAAUGAGUGCAGAGGAACAGUUGGAACGCAUGAAGAGGCAUCAGAAGGCUUUGGUUCGUGAGCGAAAGAGAACGCUGAGUCUCGGAGAACGGCAUUCCACAUCAUCUCGGACCUCUUCCAGACCAUUGUCUGUUGAUGUUGGCUCAUGGAAACGUGAACAAGAAUUUGAUUUGCAGUUAUUGGAAAAAGCAGUGAAAGGAGAGCACCACAAUCUUCAAGAUGGGUUUAUAAAGCAGUCAGUACCGGUGGUGGAAGCUGACGUGGAACCACUAGACUAUGAUCUGGACCUCAGCAAAGAGUUGUCAAAGCCAGACAUGGUUCUAAUUCCAGAACGCUACAUAGAAUUAGAGCCUGAGGAGCCGCUCACCAAUGAGGAAUAUGAGGCAAGGAAGCGCAAGGUGCAAAAAAUCAAAAACAUCCUUUCCAAAUUGAGUUACCAGAAUGUGCAACCUGGAGUUAACUACGUAAAUGAGAACUCCUCUGAUCUCGACUCUCAGUUGCAGGAACGGGAACGUAUCAUCACUAUGUCCUAUGCGUUAGCAUCUGAGGCUUCCCAGCGCAGCAAAAUAGUGGCAGCUCAACAGCAGGUCCAUUCGUCUUCAGCACCUUCCCCUCCUCAUUCCCCUCUUAGCAAUGGAUUCCACUACACAUUUGUCUAAACAAACCAAAGCCCUGGCUGAACACGAAUAAUAAACAGAAGCAAAGAAUUGAACAAGGAAAGAAAAUUGCAAGAAACCUACAAAGCUGAUCUGAUGAAGAACAACGCUGCAUUGCAGUUAACCUGUACUAACCAGCCAGAAACUAAUUAAUCAACUUGUUUUUGUACUAAAACAAACAAGGGCAAUUUUUCUUUAGUAAGCAAUGAAACAGGAUUGUAAAAACAGUAAUUUACUGGAUUAAGUAUUUAAAAGGCAAACUAUUUUUCUAAAACCUAAAGGAUGCAGAAACAUUCACGGUGGAAGUUUGGGUGACUCAGAUAUUGGAAACUAAAUUUUUUUUCUUAACACACAAGUGUGUGAAGUAGAUUAACUUUUUUAAAACAAAACAUAUAUAUGGUAUUGCACUUUAUACAUAUCCCAUGAAAAGCUGUUUUGCUGCAUUUUAGAAUCAGAAUGUAUUAAAAUAGAUUUGUACAAAACAUGCAAUUGUUCAGAGCAAUUUUGCAGUGUUGUGAAGUAUGUUUAAUUUUAUUAGCCUGUUUUCAGCUGCAAUAUUAUGUAUUCCAAUGGUGGCCACAAAUACUUCACAAGAAAAAGAACCAAUUUCGUGGUUCUCAUAAUUUACGUAAAAAUACUGAUCUAUUUUUGAACCUGAUAUUAAAAAUGUCAUAUUCCUACACUUUUUGGAUCAAUUUUAAAGUGAGUUUAUUUUGUCUGAAUCAAGCACUGCCAGAAUGAAUUAUAUUGCCAAAACCAAAUGGAUUUCAUUGUUAUUUCCACAUGGACUCUUGCAAAGUAAGAAGCACAGAGAGAAAAGAUAUUUUGGAAGAUAGUGAUGGAGCAUUGACACACUUUUGUAAUUUGCAAGGGAAAAGGUUGCAUUUCUGUAAAUAUUAAACAAAAGUU